CUCACCUGUCAAACCAGGCAAAGUUCGGCAGCCGGGAUCUUGCCGGAGUGGGCGUGGCCAGUCCCGGGAUAGAAAGUUCGAGGAAGGAAGUUAGAAAAAAGAUGUCCAAAGUGAAGAGCGGAUGCUCCACCACCUCCUCGCCGACUCUCUGACGUCACAGCCCCGCGGCGAACAUGGCGUUCCACGGCGGGGAACUUCUGGAAGUUGACAUAUGCGACGUCGAGGACGACUUCUGCGGCUUCCAGCGGUGGAAGAGCCCCGACGACGAGGCGCCGCGGGACGUCCCCGCCGACCAGCCGCAGGUGUCGGCUUCCGCGGGGACCGACGACGCGCGGAACCCGAGGACGUCCAUCGUGGACGGGCUGCUGGUGGAGCUCUACGAGACGUACAGCGGCGGCCGGAGGAACGCGGACAGCUGGGACAGUUCCACCGAGGCGUCCGGGCCGGACAGCUUCCUGGGCCGGACCAACACCGGCUCCGGUUUCCUCCAGGAGCUCCAGGAGAAACACACUAGGAGGCACCAGGUUCGAUACCUGCUCCAGAAAGUGUGUGAUCGUCUGACAAGAUGGCUGCCAGGUGCCGUAGCUAAGUCGGUAUGUUUUAAAGUUGUUGUUUGCCUGCAUAUCGUAAAAACAACCGUCCAACAUUUUACAACUAAUUGUAAACUUAUAGGUGCCGACCAUCAGGGCCGAGUUGCGACGAGAGAGUGUGUCGAUGUUAAGAUAUUAAGCCGAGUUGCGCCCGAGGAGCUGCACGCCAUCCUGCAGGAAGUCAAGCACCGCACGGGCGUCCAGUCGGCGAAGCUCAUCCGCCAGCUGAAACGACACGACCGACUCGAGCACAAACUGCAAAAAAACUACGACAUCAUCACGGCGUGCCUGCAGGCCGUCUCGCAGAAAAGACGUGUGGACACUCGGCUGAAGUUCACUAUUGAACCAUCUGUUGGGAAGAAUGGAUUCCAGCAGUGGUACGACGCCCUCAAAGCCGUGGCCAGACUUCCCACCGGCAUCCCCAAAGAAUGGAGGAAGCGGGUGUGGCUGACGCUGGCCGAGCAGUACCUCCACAGCAUCUCCAUCGACUGGGACAAGACGCUCCGUUUCGCUUUCAACGAGCGCAGCAACCCGGACGACGACUCGCUGGGCGUCCAGAUCGUCAAGGACCUGCACAGGACGGGCUUCAGUUUUUACUGCGGCCAGGAGGGGGAGCAGGACCGGGUGGUGCUGAAGCGGGUGCUGCUGGCGUAUGCCCGCUGGAAUAAAAGCGUGGGCUACUGCCAAGGCUUCAACGUGCUGGCAGGGCUCAUACUGGAGGUGACCGAGGGCCAUGAGAGCGAUGCGCUGAAGGUGAUGAUCUACCUGAUCGACAAAGUGCUUCCCGAGAGUUACUUUGCCAACAACCUGCGGGCGCUGUCAGUGGACAUGGCGGUGUUCCGAGACCUGCUGCGCCUGAAGCUGCCCAGGUUGUCCCAUCACCUGCACCACCUGCAGAGGGCGGCCAACAAGGAGGCGGGAGGUCGCUACGAGCCGCCGCUCACCAACGUCUUCACCAUGCAGUGGUUCCUCACCAUGUUCGCCACCUGCUUGCCGGCGCCCACGGUGCUCAAGAUAUGGGACUCGGUUUUCUUCGAGGGCUCCGAGGUCCUCUUCCGGGUGGCCCUCGCCAUCUGGGAGCGACUGGGAGAGAGGAUCAUGUCCUGCCAGACGGCGGACGACUUCUACAGCACCAUGGGGGGUCUCACGCAGGAGAUGCUGGACCGCAACCUGGUGGAUCCCCCUGCGCUCAUACAGGAGGUUUACGGCCUGGCGGCGUUCCCGUUCCCCCAACUGGCGGAGCUGCGGGAGAAGUACACCUACAACAUCACGCCCUUCCCCACCUCCGUCAGGCCCAGCGGGAGCACGCACGGCGGAUGGGAGAGCGACGAGGACGACGGCGAGGUGGAGGCGGACGACGAAGACGCCAUGACCACGGCGCUGGGCUGUCUGGGGCCGCUGGGAGGCCUGCUGGCACCCGAGCUCCAGCGCUACCACAAACACCUGAAAGACCACCGAGCCGAGCAUGGGAACAUGGCGGAGCUGAGUCCGGGGGCGGUGGGCGGAGCCAGGGCGGAGCACCAGGCGGCCAUCAACAGCAUGAUGAUGGAGAGGAUGAGCACGGACAUCAGCGCGCUGAAGAAGCAGUACGCUCGCAUCAAGAGGCGGCAGCAGCAGCAGGCCAUGCAGCUCUGCAUACGCACAGACAAGUGUCCUGCCACCCGCGUCCUGGCGUCCCAACUCAACCCCUCCAGCACCGUCAUCAACCAUCUCCUCCUGGGUCGGAAACCCGCCGCCCACACUCCCCCGGGCGGCCACCGCGCUCCUUCCCCACAGACCCGGGACUCCCCGCGCCGCGGCCCACGGCCCUCCAAUAGCAGUGUGUCGUCGGGCAGCUCCGGGGGAGGGGUGGGGUCUCCCUGGCGAGCUCACGUGCGAGCUCAUCGCCGGAACGUGGCGAGGGCGCGUGCGCAGCUGGGCUUCGGGGAUUCCAGGGAGGUGGAUGAGAGUGUGAAGAUUGAGGAGGAGGAGAGAUGUGCCGAGUUUUCAUUUCCAGCGUGCGAGAGUGCUGAGGGGACGGAGGUGAGCGAGGUGGAGGUGCAACUGGAUUCCAUGGACUUGGAGGACACAACCACGCAACCCGUCCCUGUCUCGCCGCCAUCCUCAAACCGGCACAGGGACUCGUCAGGUUCUGAGAACUGUAACAGACCUUUUCCCGCCGUCACGCCACCUCACAAUGACACCUCUUCUUCACCUUCACCUGUGUCUACGUUCACAUCCGGAGAUCCAUCCUCCUCCCCGACGCCGCCCUCCACACCUCCUCCAAGCUCCGCCCACUGCCUUGCUUCCUCCACACCUCUCCAAGGCUCCUCCUCCUUUUACAAAACCCCCUCCCCCUCCGCGCCGUCGCUCUCGUCCACGUGCUCACCGUACCUCCACGCUUCCCCGUCCACGCCGGCCUUCACGUGCACGGCGACCCAGGCGCAGGUCUUCUCGCCGUUCCCGUGCGUCAAGAUGCCCAGGAAGUCGGCGGCGGCCCGCAACCUGGGCCUGUACGGCCCCACCUCCAGGACGCCCACGGUCCACUUCCCCCAGCUGAGCCGCAACUGUAGCAGUGCCGGCAGCACCACCAGGAGGCGCUGAGGACCUCCCGUCACCCACACCACGUUGCCUCCUGAACAUUGCCGGAAAAAUGACGGAAGUCUUAGCCAUCCGCUCGUCUCUAUGCCAAGAAGCUGAAGCUGAAUAUGUCCCAGAAUAUGUAACCUCGCAUGAAGACUGCGGGAACGUAAACAACAAUAAACCACGGUGAGGAUGUUUGUGUUCCAA